CAGGGACAGCAGACCCUGCUCUAUGGAGUCUCUGAUCUCUGGGAAAGUGGUGCCUUUCUGGUUCUGACUCUGACUACGUCAUCUCUGCCAUUCCUAAAGAACACCUGUCUCAGCCUAGUCCCAGAAUGGCUCUUCCCCCAAGUCCCCUGGCUAUGGAAUAUGUUAAUGACUUUGACCUAAUGAAGUUUGAAAUAAAGCGGGAGCCCUCGGAGAGCCGAUCUGGACUCCCCACAGCCUCACUGGGCUCCACACCUUACAGCUCGGUGCCUCCUUCCCCCACCUUCAGUGAGCCAGGCCUGGUGGGCAGCGGUGAGGGCCCCAGGCCGGGCCUGGAGGAGCUGUACUGGCUGGCCACCCUGCAGCAGCUGGGGUCUGAUGAGGUGCUGGGGUUGAGUCCUGACGAGGCCGCGGAGCUGCUGCAGAAUCAGGGUCCGGUUCCUGUAGAAGGGCCCCAUGGCUACUAUUCAGGGAGCGCAGGAGAGACAGGAGUCCAGCAUGCCCAGCUGCCCGAGAGAUUUUCGGACGCGGCUCUGGUAUCGAUGUCUGUGCGCGAGCUGAACCGGCAGCUGCGGGGCUGCGGGCGCGACGAGGCUCUGCGGCUGAAGCAGAGGCGCCGCACGCUCAAGAACCGCGGCUACGCGCAGGCCUGUCGCUCCAAGCGGCUGCAGCAGCGGCGAGGGCUGGAGGCCGAGCGCGCCCGCUUGGCGGCCCAGCUGGACGCACUGCGAGCCGAGGUGGCCCGGCUGGCUCGCGAGCGCGACCUCUACAAGGCCCGCUGUGACCGGCUGACCUCCAGCGGCCCUGGGUCCGAUGAUCACGCACACCUCUUCCUCUGAGCCUCUAGGGCAGGGGGUGUGGUGGUGUGGGGGUGUCUGGGUAGGUGGCACUGUACAGGAGAGUAUGAUUCGCCAAAUCGCGACUCAUGGUCCUGUGUGUUGAUACAAAUACCCCCAAACUUCUGACCUUCGUGGCAUGCCUGAGGUUAGACGCUCGUCCUUUGCUGGAGAUGAGUCCCCUUCCCUUUUGCAGGUCCUGACUUCAUGAUUAGGGCACUGAAUUCUGCAGGGCCGAGGGCCUGUGCGGGAGUGGCGGUGUGGAGGAUGGGCCGGCGGCACGAUCAGUAGGAGAGGGAGCCGUGCAGCACCGCCCUUCAGUCUAGCUCUUAAUUCAAGGUUUUCAACCUGUAGUGCAUCGAUACCGUAACUGACAAUGAAGCUGCAUUUUCCCUGAAGCCCGGGACUCCCCGUGUUAGGACUACUGAAUUUUCAAGAUCUCAGUUCCUCCAAAUAGAGUAGUGGGUCAACUCAAGAUGAUUUUCCCUGCUCAACCCAGUGGCCUUUAGAGUCCAAAGCAGAGAGCAAACACCCUGGACGGGAGCCUGGAGACCUGGGCACUAGUCUCAGCUGUGUCACAGACUACGUCUGUCACCUUAAGCAAAGCGAUUGCAGUAGCUUCAUCUAACUUUCAUUUGGAUUGGAUGACUUCUGACACUGGUCCAGUUUCGCCAUCUUCCACAGUGAGCAGGUCUACGUGGUCUCCCCAAGAGGCCCCAAGAUGACCGUACCAAAAGCACUUUCAGUUCCACCUCAGAGUGCACAGGGUGCUCCUGCUACCUCCUGCCGCUCAGAGCAAGGGAGACCAGCAGCUGAGAGAGUGUGGCUUCUGAGAAUUAAACCUCAGGCCCAGGAAAAACGAAUGUUACUGGUCAAAUGUUCCUGCAAUUUAAAAAAGAGUUAAUUCCCUA